AUGGCUGAACAGAGCCAAACAAACUCUAUCCAGGCCCGCAUUGCCGCUCUGAACCUGGGUCAAGUUGGCAGGGCACCAAUCACCGCCUAUGCUUCAAAAGACGACAUUCCGCCAGAGUAUACUCAGACGAGACCUCAAAUAGAGCAAAGAAGUCAAUCUAUAAGCGUGCCUCAAACUUCAGCAUCCAACGCGCUGUCGAGCAAUGGCAUUGGCAACGAGCCCAUCGGGCCAAGAAGACACGGCGUACUACCACCCCCUACGAAUAUCGUUCGAACAGGUCAAAGGGUCUCGCAGCCUGCAAAGCCUGUACCGGCGCCUCCUCCAAGGUUACCCGAGAGGAAAAUGUCUACACAACCUUCACCUGCACUGCCACCCAGGAGACCAUCUGAGAACUUGCAACUGAGCAGGAAGGCCUCAAAUGAGUCAAUCUCUUCGACCUUCUCAAACAUCUCCACAAUGUCUGCUCUGUCCAACGGAACGGCCAAGACUGUGCAUUCGAGGACACCUUCUAUGGACGGAAGCCGAGUCAAAGCACCGGUCUUCGAUCCUUCGACUUUACCACCGUUGCCCCCCAAGCGGACAAAGGAUGAUGUGGAGAAAAGAUAUCAGGAUAUUGAGAAGUCAAAGGCCUUCCCAGGGUACAAGGAUGUGGAGAGGGCUAGGAUGCCAUUGGUGGGCACUAAGUCGACAUCCAGCGUCGCAACUGUGGAGAUAAAGCCUCCCCCGAAUACGCCAUCGCUUCCUCCAAGACCCGCACGGCCAGCGUCGGGCACGGCUACCACGCGAGUUUCGCCAGAGCGACCACCUCCUAUGCCGGCCAGGUCUGCUCUUUCCUAUGGUAUGAACAGGCCCCAUGCCCAAGCACCAACCGAUGGAGCCAACGGCAGAGCAACAGGUCCGGGGCCGGCUAAUCCCGGAGCACCACCGCCUGUUCCUCUCACAUCUCGCCCCGAUAUCACAGAACUCCAUUCCACAAAUCCCAAGGCUCAGCCCCAAAUACCUACUUCCGCACCCUCCUGCCUCCUCUGCCGCGAUCUCUCCGCCCCAGACGCCCACGCUGCCAAGUUCCCCCGCGAAUCCGUUCCCUCUCUCGAUUGGAUAGCCACCCAACUCACCGCUCCCUUCUCGUCUCCUACAGACCAAGCCCGCGCAAUCUUCACUUGGCUCCACCAUAAUAUAUCCUACGAUGUCGAAGCCUUCUUCAACAAUCGUGUCCAACCGUCCACCCCUGCUUCGACCCUCAUGAGUGGGCUUGCCGUCUGCGAAGGCUAUGCUGGCCUCUUUACUGCCAUAGCUACAACGGCUGGUCUCGAAUCUGUCGUCGUCGGCGGCCACGGCAAAGGAUUCGGUUUCUCUGCCCUACCUCCGGGCGCACCAUUACCCGCGGAAUACUCUACGCAUGCCUGGAAUGCUGUUAAGAUCGAUAACGGAGAGUGGAAGCUCAUCGACUGCUGUUGGGGUGCGGGUAACGUCAAUGGGAAGGGCCAGCCUUAUAACAAGCAUUUCUCGCCGCGCUUUUUCACGAUGUCGAAUGAUGAGUUCGGGCUACGGCACUUCCCCACCAACAAAUCGCAAUUCUUCCGCUCGGGUGGUAGGAGAGUGAGUUGGGAAGAAUACAUAAUUGGUGAUACGGGUGGAGCGUUGCUGCAGGUCUACUCCGGCGUUGCGGAGAAAGAGGGCAUUAGCGAAACAACCUUCCUACCAAAAUAUCUCAAACUACCUGUCCGACCCUCCGCACCUGUCCGCUUCCAGUUUUCGCGCAUCUGUGAACAUUGGGAUCCCGUACGCAACGGCGCAGGGAAACCAUAUGUCUUCAUCCUAGCGAUCCACGGUAUUGAUGGGAGAGAGGAUGACUUUGUUCCCUUUGACACUAACGGGAUGUUUUGGUGGGCGGACGUUGUGCCGCAGAAGCUGGGAGCGCCGGGGCAGAGGGUCAGUGCCUAUACGGUGGAGACGCUGAAUGGCCAGAGUGGCAGGGGUCUGAGUGUGGAGGAGUACAGGUUGAAGAAGGGAAGGGUGGGGAUGAGCUUUGGGGGUUUGGCUAUGUGGGAGCUGGCUUAG